AUGUCUUCUAAAACAGAAUUGCCAGAAUACACCGACGUCACUUUGCCUCGCGAGGAGGUCGAGAAACUCUACAAAAUCAAGAGCAGAUACGAGACCAACAAAAAGAUUGCCAAACUCGGCUUGGGAGUGUUCUUGUUCUUCGUUGCCUGUCUAGUUUUGCAGUCCGGUCCGGUUGUCCAUGGUGUCAAGUCCUUGACCCAUCCACACCACCCACAUGCCCACGGAUUCCACGGCGACCACCGCCCUCCACCGGGAUUCGAAGACAUGCACGAGAUGGACGAGGAGCACAGACCAUUCAAGGACUGCAAGAUGGACAAGAAGGCCGGUAUGCUGAAGGCUCACAAGAUGCAUAAGGGCCACAAGAACAUCAAGGGUGCUGAAGGUGAAUUCAGAGAGACCGAACACGAGUUUGACAUUGAGGAGCACAAGGCUCACGAGAGACCACACCCUAAGGGAAUGAAGUUGAAGGGCCACAAGGGAGGCAAGUUCUCUAAGAAGAAGCAGGACAAGCACCUCAAGGAAGAGCCAAAGGAGAAGCUGGAGAAGGAGCCAAAGGACGAGGAGGAGAAGGUUGAGGUGGUUGAGAAGGAGCACAGAGAGAAGCACCAGAGACCAGCUAAGGUUCAGGAGGAAGUCCACGAGGAGAACUCCGACUCUGAGUCCGAGUCCGAGUCCGAGAGCGAAAACGAGAAUUAG